UUACUGCAGACACUCAACUCAGAGAGCUUUAGAGGCAGGUGCCAGAAUCCAGAAGCCAUCCCAAUCCAGUUACCUCAGACCUUCUAUCCUCACCUCAUUUGGAGAAGACCUGUCUUGUGCCAGAACUUAACCCAGAGACUACCAUGAAGCCCUGGGUUCUCCUACUCAAAACGUCCAUCUGUGGGAUUGUGAUGCUUCUGCCUGCGCUGGGAGGUGUCAGGAACUUCGGUGAAAAAAAAGAAAUUAAGCAGUGCUGGGUACAGCCUCCAUUUCAGUUUUGCAGCAGAAGGUGCACUAAAUUAAACGGAUGUUUAAAAUCAAAUUAUACCUGCUGCUGGACCUUCUGUGGAAACAUCUGCUUGGACAAUGAAGAACCCUAUAAAACACUGCUAAGGGACUCCCUGGUUUCAGGUGGCUCACCACGAGUCGGGCAGGAGGAUGCCUCCAAGGUUUGAGAAGAGUUCAGCCUGGCUCCCUGUUGCAAUACCCACGGGUUACUCUAUGUUCUUUCCUUCACUUCUUUAUCCUGAGAACCUCUCUGUUCUU